AUGUCGGUGUCGGCUGAUCUGGAAUCGAUUUCGGAGGCGACGUCGGGAGCUAUAGGUGCGGUGGUGAGCACCACCAUAUUAUACCCGCUCGACACCUGCAAGGCCAAAUACCAAGCCGAGAUUCGUGCCCACGGCCGCCGUAGAUACAGAAAAUUGUCAGACGUUUUAUGGGAGGCAAUAUCCAGCAAACAGGUCCUUUCAUUAUAUCAGGGACUUGCGACCAAGAACCUGCAAUCUUUUUUUGCUCAGUUUGUCUAUUUUUAUGGAUAUAGCUACUUUAAAAGGCUCUAUCUGGCUAAGACUGGUUCCAAAUCUAUUGGAACAAAAGCCAAUCUUGUUCUUGCUGCGGCAGCUGGGGCUUGCACUGCCAUCGUUACUCAACCACUGGAUACAGCUUCCUCAAGGAUGCAGACUACUGCUUUUGGAAAAUCUAAAGGGCUUUGGGAAACACUUGCUGAAGGCAGUUGGAGUGAUGCGUAUGAUGGCCUUGGAAUAUCUCUUCUGUUGACUUCCAAUCCGGCCAUUCAGUAUACGGUAUUUGAUCAACUGAAAGUGAGACUCAUGCAGAAGCAGAAUAAAAUUGAGACAGGAUCAUCUCCAGAAGCCCUUUCUGCCUUCUCAGCUUUCAUUUUAGGUGCACUCUCAAAGAGCAUAGCCACAGUUCUAACUUAUCCAGCAAUCAGGUGUAAAGUCAUGAUCCAAGCUGCAGACACCAAUGAUGAUAUGGAUAAAAAAUCCAAAAGAAAAUCCCGUAAAACAGUUUCUAGCGUUCUUCGUGCUAUUUGGCAAAAAGAAGGUGUGCUCGGCUUCUUUAAGGGACUACAAGCUCAAAUCUUUAAGACUGUAUUAAGCUCAGCAUUGUUGUUAAUGAUAAAGGAAAAGAUCUCUGCAACAACUUGGGUCCUCGUACUUGCCAUGAGCAGAUAUCAACUGCUCAAACCUAGUAGGUUGAAGAGUGGAUAG